GGAACCAAUCCCUGGCACUGCCUACCAUUGGAUCCCCAUCAUGAGGGAACAAUGGGCAGGAAGUAAUGGAGCCAAACAUUUGAAUCUGUUACUUCCUCUUGUAUUGCUCUGAUCAUGAGAAGGGCACUGCUCUCUCAAUUAGGACUCGGAACUGGAAAGGGAUCCCGCUGGCCAGGCUGCUCUUGAGGAGAACUGGAUGGACUGAUGGAAAAGCUCUGAAAAUAUGGCCCAGGAAAAUCAAUCACAUCAGACUGAAAAGGUUUACAGGAUCCUCAAGGCCCUCCACACUGCCCUGGCUCUCCUGGCCCUGGCCCUGGCUGCGGCUCUGACAGUGAUGGUUCUUCUGUUCCUAGAUCUUCGAGGGGAAAAUGAUCAGCUUGCAAAGGUCAAAGCCUCCAAUGAAAACCUGAAAGCGGAAAACAAAAACCUCAUUCACAAGGUGCCAGAGGCUUGGGUUGUCCACAAUGGAAUUCUCUACUACUUUUCCUGUAAGGACAAGUCCUGGGAAGAGGCUGAGAGGUUCUGUGUAUCCCUUGGCUCCCACCUGACCUCAGUGACCUCAAUGGGAGAGCAGGAAUUUAUUGUUAAAAAAGCUGAUGGUAGCAACUAUUGGAUUGGAUUGAAUAAACAGUGGAACUCAGAGUGGAGAUGGACUGAUGGGACCCCUUAUAAUGGGACCAACAGCAAAGAGUUUUGGGCACAAAAUGAGCCAAACAACAAAAUGGAUAAGGAACACUGUGUUCACUUUUCAAAGAACAGACUUCAAUCAUGGAAUGAUAACGACUGUCUCUUACCCAUGCUGUUUAUUUGUAAAUGGGACUGCAAGUCAUCUGGGCUGUGUCCUUGAAAGUGGAGGUGGUCUCGGAGCUCUGCUGACUACCAGACUUGAAGAAUGGGUACAGAUACAAGCAUUCUUCCAUCCACCAUUCCCGCCUACUCUGUGGGUUUCAUUGUUAUUUCUCACUCAACACUGAGGAUUCUGGGCCUGAUCAGCUGGACCAACAGAUGCUCCCAAUCCCAGGCAGCCACAGAUCCUCCUUUUCACAUCAUCCCUGUUGCAGUCAUAGCCCUCCAUUCCUACUUCCAUGGGACCUUCAUACACAUGCAUGUGGUUGUCUCUCUGUAUGUCUACAUAUAGAUAUACACAUAUACGUCUAGGUACAGAUGGACACAGACAGACAGACACAUACUUACAGCUUCUUGUUCAUUCCAGGCUUCCCUUCUCUACCUCUUGAGCUGAGAAGGAAAUUCGGAGACAUGAUCUGACGUGGAACUCAUAAAAUGUCUUUGUUCCCUGGGUGGACGAUUACUUCUGGAAAUAACAAGGUCCCAGCUCUGGCCACCCCUGAAAUAUUUAGCUCUCAAGGUCAACCCUCUUCCUGUCAAUCAUUUAUUGAUUAAGUUUCCAUCCUAAGCCAGGCUCUGGGCUUAUCAGUGGGGAUGCAAAGACGGAAGGAUUGAGACUUGUUACAUCCUAAGAGGACAAGCAGCAAAAACAUAUCCAAAUACAUAGUGCCUAAUUAUGAAAUGAAAUACAAUUAUCUACCAAGAUAAUAAAUAAUAAUAACUAUAAUAUAAUAAAUAAAAUAAAAUAAUAAAUACUACCAAGUAGAUAAAAGCAAGGUGGUUUCAGUGGGAUCCAGCAAAUUGAGGGAUCAGAAUGCUUCUGUGUAAAGAUAAUAAUUAACUCCCUGGGAGCUGAUGAGAUCUCUGAGGAUUUAAGAAGCUAGUGGAGAUAACAUUGGGAAUCAGGAGAGAGUAGUCUCUGGUCCCAGAAGAGGGAGUACGGUAAGUCAGGCACAAUCCCAAUCUUGGCAUUGUGAUGUUUUUUUUGGAAUCAUUUGGCUUCUCUGCCAUAUUUUAAGAGCAUCUCCAGGAACCCUACUCAGUGACAGCCUUAGAUACCAGACUUCAUCAGAGCAGCUGUCCAUGAUUUGGGAAUCUGGAUGGAGGCUGAUUUGAAAGUCCCUGGUUUUAUUGGAGGCAGUGUCAUAUGGUGGAUAAUGUGCUAAAGGACCUGGGUCUUUGAUAUUUGAAAUUUGGUAACUGGGGGACUCUGAGCAAAUUCUAUCUUAGCCUGUUUGCUUAUCUGUAAAAUGGGAGUAAUCACACCUGUAGUAGUAUUGCCACCCACAGCAUGGUGCAAAUAUCUGUUUUGAUUCCAAUGGAUUCUCUAGGAGAAUUAAAGAGCUUCAAAAGGUUGGUUUCAAGCUCUUUGUUCUAUUCUUUUGACUGCUCACAGUAUGAAGCCCAUUAGCAGCUUCCUCUUCUGAUAGAAAGGGAAUGAACACAGGAGAAAGGGAGGUCCCAGAGCCUGGAUUUCAGAGAAAUCUAGUCCCUCGUUACCCAGAAGAGAGCAUCCGGGCCAUCCCCGUGUACUCUGGGGGCUGGGUUCUUGGAAACUGCACAUUGGUAGAUAUGGCAACCUUACAAUGGGGCAUCCAGUGAACACAAGAGAACCAUUUGUGAUGACCCGUGUUCACUGAACAUUAAGAUCCCAUCGUUCUGAGUCUUUAUGUUCUCAUCACAAAGUCCGUCCAAAACAGCCUCACAUAAUUUGUUCUUCAACAUGUAAUUUCUGGUUAUACUAAGGCCAGAACUGCACUUGGAAGCACCGAUCUGUGUAGCAUUUGCAAGCUGGAGAGCGUCCAGUCCUUUCUUGGCAAAACUUCAGUCCUUUCACCAUCAGUAGCAAAGGGUUCAUUUUUAAAACCUAAAAGAAAAUUGAAAUGAAAAUAAUAAGGUAGCAGAUGAGAUGAUCUGAUGAGGGAAGGUAGGAGCAGGAAAGGGUUAAGAAAAGCCACUGAUAUGAAAUGACAGAGAUUAGGUUAUCAUAGAGUUGGUGCUGGAAGAGACCCAUCCAAAGCCCUCAUUUAAGGAAUGGAGAAUCAAUGAAAUGAAAUGGGUUGAAUAAACUCAAACAGGGAUGACAUAAUUGGGGGCAACCUCUGAAGACAAUUGAUACAGUGAAAGUUUUCACAACCUGAUUUUUCAGUAAACCCUGGAAUCAAAGUGAAACUUUCAAUCAGUAAAGACAAGUGAGGGGACACAACAGAAGAGUAACCAAAAUAGCCUCUGUUGAGAACUAGGGUUUAUUCAAAUGCCAUUUCCUGAUGUGCUGGUCAAGGGGCCACCAAGAUGAGUGUCACACUCAGCCCAUUCCUUAUGAAGUGGACAUGUCAUGUAUUAUUAUUGGCACCUGUUUUUUUACAGGUGGGGAAACUGAGGCCUAGAGAUGGGAAGUGAUAUCACAACAUCAGAAUUUGAGAGUGGGAAGGGACCUAAAAUAGCCUUCUCAUCCAACCCAUUGAUUUUUUCCUAGCUGGAAACCAAGGUUAGCUAGGAUGUCCUAAAACUCAUGUCUAUUCUUUUCAAGAUCAGGCUUUGUCCAGACCUGAGAAUCAGGAGACUGAAGGCUGGUCUGACAACAUUCCAUGAAGUUUUGGCCAAGUUAUUUCCUCUCUCUGGGCAUUAGUUUCUCUUCUUUGUUUUUUUAAAUUAAAGUUUCUUUUCUUUACUGUAACUAAUCAUAGUGUUGAAACCUUGCUUAGAAAGAGCUAACUGCUCUCUAGUUUUUAAAAUGCAAGAGUCAAACUAGGAGACCUCGAAGUUCACUUGUAGUCCAAACACUGUAAACCCAUCCCUUUAUUACAUGACACAAGCUUUACAAUGUCUGGCCCAAAGAAUCCUUAGAUUCACAUAGAAUAAAGAAUUUGAAAUUUGAAAGAAACCUUGGCCUCCAUCCAGUUCAGUCCAUUCACCAAAGGAAUUCCACUAUAAGACCCUGGAAAGGUGGUUGGCCAACCUCUGCCAGAAGAUCUUCAAGGACCUGGAAUCUAUCGUCUUGAAAGGUCGCCCAUUCCACUACUG